AUGUCAUAUAGCACACUUUCUCAAAAACAACAACAACAAGGUUCAUCUUCAGCUGCUUUAGCUGGAUCUUCUACAAAUCAAAGUUCAGUACAGACAAUACCAACUAAAACAAGUUUGGAAUGUUUAAACUUCAUAAAUUUUAAUCAAGAUGGUAGUUGUAUAUCAAUAGGUACUGAUCGUGGUUAUAAAAUUUUCAACUGUGAACCAUUUGGAAAAUGUUAUUCAAGAUUAGAUGGUGGGAUUGGAAUAGUGGAGAUGUUAUUUUGUACGUCUUUAAUUGCAAUUGUUGGACUUGGUGAUCAACCUUCAAUGACUCCAAGAAGAUUAAAAAUUAUAAAUACAAAAAGACAUUCAACAAUAUGUGAAUUAACAUUCCCAACAUCAAUUUUAUCCGUGAAGUUAAAUAAAUCAAGAUUAGUUGUUUUAUUAGAGGAACAAAUUUAUAUCUAUGAUAUAAAUAAUAUGAGAUUAUUACAUACAAUUGAAACUUCUCCAAAUCCAAAUGGAUUAUGUGCAUUGAGUCCAACUAUUGAUAAUAAUUUUUUGGCUUAUCCUUCACCACCAAAGAUAAGUACAAAUUUCAUCAAUCCAAUAAAUUCAAGUAAUAAUAUAAAUAAUAAUGGGAAUGGUAAUAAUGCAAACUCACAAUUGAAUAACAUCGAUUCAAACUCAAAUUCAAAAACAACUAAUCAAAUAAAUCGUAAUGGUGAUGUCAUAAUAUUUAAUGCUCAAACUUUACAACCAUUAGUUGUUGUCGAAGCUCAUAAGACAACUUUGGCUGCCAUUGCUAUAAGUUAUGAUGGUACAUUAUUAGCUACCGCUUCAGAUAAAGGUACAAUCGUUCGUGUCUUUGCUAUUGAAACAGGAUUGAAAUUAUAUCAAUUUAGAAGAGGUACAUAUCCAACCAAGAUUUACUCAUUAUCAUUUAGUCAAGAUAACAAAUUUUUAACUGCAAGCUCUGCCACUGAAACUGUUCAUAUUUUCAAACUUGGAUCCGAUGAUGACACUUCAAAUAAUACACAAUCACAACCAGAUAAUGAAGCAAUUGAUGCAGAUGAUAUUGUGGAGAACAUUGGUCCUUCAAUUGUUAAAAGAGCUGAAAGUUCAGGAAGUGAAGUUAGUCAGGACACAACACAAAGAAGAAUAUCAAAUUCAUCUUAUGAUUCAAUAAAUAGUAAUGAAAUUGAAGAUCGUGUUGAACCUUUGAUUGAUAUUUCAAGAAGAAGUGUUGGAAGAAUGAUUAGAAAAUCUUCACAAAAUAUUGGAAGAAAAGCAGCUGAAAAAAUAGGAACUUUUCUACCACCAAGAUUCACUUCAAUACUUGAACCUACAAGACAUUUUGCAUCAUUAAAAGUUCCAGCUGCUUCGGGUGUUAAAAAUGUUGUUUCAAUUGGUAAAGAGUUAUCUAUACCUAAAUCUGGUGAAGAGAAUACAUUUGGAAAUAGUGGUGAGUCAAGCAGUACUUCACAAGAUAAUGAUAACAAUUUGAAAUUGAUUCAUGUAUCAGUUGUCAGUUCUGAAGGAUAUUUUUACAAUUAUGGAUUGGAUCCUGAACGUGGGGGUGACUGUAUUCUUUUGAACCAGUAUUCCCUCACAGAUAGUCAAUAA